GACAGCCGGCAAGAAAUUUUGUGACAGAAAAAAAAACAAAACAGUAGUAAACAUGUGAACAUCAUGUAAUAAUCGCUAACAUCUAUCAGAAGGCAAAUGUUACAUAUUUAAAUAUACUUAUUACCUAUCCUCUAAAAUGAUAAUUGCACUGCAAACUUUGAUUUUUUUUCGCGAAUCACUGAUCGCCGUAUUAGAUAGAUUUUUAAGACCUUACUACAAAAGACUGAGUUUCCAGUUCAAAGUAAAUGAAAUUUUUGAUGAUGAUGACGAUUCAGAUGAACACGUAUUUGCGGAAUUUGAUGAUGAAAAGGGUGUAGUGUUUUAUCCACCAGUAUAUGUACAGCGCUAUGCCGCAGUCGUAGAUUGUCUAAUGGAUGAACGUUGGUGUGGAAGCUUGGAAAAGGUUGUGGAUUUUGGCUAUCACAAUAUGAGUUUCAUAAAAUAUUUGAAGGAUGUACCUGGUUUGAAAUAUAUCCUUGGUGUUGAUAUAGAAACAAUACCAGUCCGAUGUUCUUCUGAUCUUCUUGAAUGUGAGAAUUAUGUUUCAAAGACAGAAAGUCCAUUACAAGUCACUCUCUUCCAAGGUAAUGCAGCAGAUCCAGACUAUAGAUUGAUAGGAUGUGAUGCCGUUAUAGCGAUUGAGAUGAUAGAACACAUGCUUCCUCAUGAUUUGGAGAGAUUUGUUCAUACAGUGUUUGGAUUUAUUAAACCUAGGGUUGCAAUUAUUACUACGCCUAAUGGGGAUUUUAAUGUCCUCUUCAAAGCCCUAGAAAAAAAUGGACUUAGAAGGCUUGACCAUUUCUUUGAGUGGAGCAGAGAACAGUUUCAUGACUGGUGUAGUAACAUUGUUGCUCGGUAUCCACAAUACACAGUUAUGUCAAAAGGAAUUGGUCCUGGACCGCCUGAUACUUUACAUCUUGGAUGUUGCAGCCAACUUGCGCUUUUUUAUGCAAAGGAUUAUCAAAAACAGCCAGAUUUAAAUUUGAACAGUCUGGCGCUUGUUGCAAAGGCACCAAAUCCUAAUAAUUUUAGUGAGAUGACUGACAGUUGGGAGACUCCAGAUUCAAUUUCAGAUAAUAUGCUCUAUUUAGAAAACAAUGAUGAGUCUUAUACCAAGCUAUUAAUAAAUCAGCAGUCUUUUAUGACAAUUGUUAUUACAACACCUUCAUUUUCUUUGGAUAAUCUUGGUUCCCAAGACAAGACGUUGCAAUGUAAUUUGGACUAUGAGUUGGAAAAGAAUUUCUUGUUUGACGAUGAGGUGUAUGUAAAUGUCCUUAUACCGAGAAGGAAAAGGAUGUAUAGAGUGUAUGAGAUAGAAGAUGUUGCGAGCAGAUUGAACUGCUCAAUGCUUCAAGUAAAGAAGUUCUCAAAAGUCACACUGGGCUUAUUGGCGAAGAAUAAGACUGAUAAUUUUGAUCAUACUAGAGAAGUUGUGGACGAGAUUCGACACUUGACAAAGAUGCUCAACUUUAAUAAGGACCAAUCAAAUAAAAACAUCCUAGGAAGCAUUUGGUGCAAUAUCAAUUGGGGAGAAAACGCCCCAUACUGGAACCAGUACUACAAAACUGUCAGGGAAUAUACUUACCCUUUUGAGAUUAAAUCGGAUGAAUGCCGCAUCCUAGAUGCUAUAUCAGAGGAAAUCAACAGACUCAUAGACGUCGACCAACCUGAAAAUUUCACAACAGACACGCAGAAGCUGGAAAUACCUAUUCGUCAAUUAAUGGAAGCUGUGGAACAUAUUACAACCGAUGUCGACAAAGUGAAGGAUCUUCUCGAGUGGAAUGGAUAUGACGUCGUAGACGAUGUAGUGAUCCACACUCGACUAACGAUGGACAAUAUGUCCUUGCAUACCCAAGAGGAAGAUUUACAAGAAGACUCUCUAUCUGAUUGGGACACAUCAGAUGUACGUUCCAAUACAAUAUCAGAAGGUAGCGCGACUCUACCGGAUUAUAAUGGUCGAUGUCUUCGUCGAGCUCUUGAUCAGAAAGUCCGUAAACUUCGUAAAUUACUUACCGCGGACGAAGAUAUUACAACGGAACUGGAUCGCAUUGUAUGUCGCUUGAUGAAAUUGGCUCUAUACACAACUAAAGAUCGCCAAGACCCACCACCGGCUAGCUGGAUGCAGUGCAAGCUAUUCGAUCUACUCACUCUAACAGAAAAGGCUAUUGAAAGAAGGAGACGACACUUCCUUGAGAGCUAUCCAUUAAAUUCCAUUGAAUAUUGUAGUGAAAAACAUAAUGACGAAAAUAUUAUUAACACGCUCUCAACCGAUGACAGCGCAGUAAAAGAUAUCGUUUCUAAAUAUAACGAUGUUCUGGCGCCAUCAGAUUUUAACAUAGUUGAAGUUCGCCAAGAAGCUCAGUUAGAUGAUAUGGAAUUUGAUGAUGUUGUUAGUGUAACAACUAAUGAUCUAGAAGAAUAUGAUGAUUAUAACAAUGAUAUAAGUCCAACACACGAGGUAGCAGAAGAAUUAAAAAAGAAUGUAACAAUAGAUCAUUUCGGAUUCGAGGAAGUUAAUAAUAUGAAAUCAAUAAACCCACAAGCACUCCAAGAUAGUGAUCACACUGAACUAGUCUCUAGUCCUAGCUGUGAAUCUAAUAAUUAUGCAUCUAAUGAAACCCUUCCAAAUGAAUCAAACGAUAAUGAUAAUGAUAGCAAAGUAAUAAGUCCCUCGACAGAUAUAACUGAUAUCUCUAGAUCAAACAAUGAUAAAUCACCUAUAAAGUUGAGUGUGUGUAAAGUAAAUGAUACACUGCUUGAGCCAAAGUAUGCGACAAAACAGAAAGCGUUCAAAAAUAAAUCUACUAAAACAAAGACUGUUAAAAAGGUAUCCAGUAAACUAAUAAAUGGUCAAUACAAAAUCAAAAACAGAAAAAUAAAAGAGCACCAGAAGCUGCGCUCAACAUUAUCUAAACCGAUUCCUGAUAGUAUGAUAACUCUUUGCAAUGCUGAAAAAUACAUAGAAAAAACCGUGGAAGAUAUUUAUGUAGAUUCGUCAUUGGAGGGUCAUAUGGAUACUGAAAAGGUUAAUAAUAUUUUUGAAGAACUACGCGAUAUAGCUGCUGCUGAAGAUAGUUUGUUUGUUGGAAUAGUAUCAGAAUAUGGCGAAGAAUCAAUAGCGUUACGUCGUAAUAUUGGAAUUGACCCAAUUAUUGAUUUUGAGAUUGUAGACAAUGAAGUGUUGGAGACAGUAAUAAAUAUAUCAAAAGAUGAUGAUUUUCUUUCAAAGGGAAACAUGGAUACAGAAAAUUUAUCGUCUGACACGAUUUUUAUUUAUGAUAUCAACGAACCAAGUACUUCAAAAGGAGUUCGACACUUAUCUACAGAUGUUCAAUGUGGACCAGAUAAUUCUCUAACAUGUGCAACUAUAUCGGCAACGACGUCAUCAACUAUAAUACCAAAUUUAUUUUCAAAUGGUAUGAAAAUCAAAAAUUCACUUGCUGAUAUACGAGUACAUAAAAGAAUGACAAAUGACUUUAGUACGUGUACCGAAUUAUUGGACCCUGCACCGAGAUUAGCUGGCCUGCCCAUAGCAAUAGGUAUCAAAAUUAAGGACUCAGAUAUUGAUAUUAUCGAUACGAGUAGAAUUAAGUGCCCAACUAUAGUACAUGCGGUCGAUGAUAAAGAAAUUCAAAACAUAUCUAAUCGUUAUGAAAAUGCAAAAGAAACUAAACUAGAAAAAUUGAAAUGUAGCAUUAUUAAAAUUGAAGAUUCAAGUUCAGAACUUUGUGGCAGUCUAUGCGAUUCGACGAAACCGCUAUCCCAAUUUAUAGUCUCAUCAAAAAAUGCGAAUGAAAAUAAAGUGAAACUCCUUAGCAAAAUUAAUAAUUUGACCGAGAGAUCUCAGAUUAGCUAUGCAAAGAAUAAGUUAAUCUUUGGAGGUAUUCAUGUACACAGCUAUAAAGAACGCAUAUAUUCUGAAGAUGUUGUAUACCAAGGUAACUGGCAACGUUCACGACCCUUGCGUAGGAUAAAUUCAAAAAAUUCUCAGGAAUUAAUUAUAAGACGGAGUAAAUCACUGCAAAAGAAAAAGGACACAAAUCCCAAAAAACAAAUGGAUGCAAUAAAAACUUUAAAGAACUUUAAUGUAAUUAAACCGACGAAACAUUCUAUAACAUCAACAGUUAAACAAAUUAAACUAAAUGAAGCAAACAAGAAGCCUCUCAACAAAAAUAAAUAUAAAACGUUAACCAAGGCCACAUCCAUAAUGAAAAUGAGUUCACAAAAAUCACAAAACAGAAAACAAUUUUAUUCCAAAAACUAUGCGCUUGAUUUGAACGCUACACGUCAAAACAAAGAUGAUCUCAAAAGUUUUAAAAAGAAUGAUUAUGUUCCCACGUCCAUAAGAAAGAAAAGGCAACAUUCUAACGAAAAUUGUGAUAGUACAAUUAAUUUCGAUCCUAGAGUAAAAAGCUGUAAUAAAAAUAAUGCAGCUUUCUUUUAUGCUUUAAAAGAAGAAAUUACAAAAGAGUUACUCAAAUUUACGGAAAACAUGAAAAUUAAUAACAAUUUUAUAGUACUUCGAAAUGAAAAUGAAACAAAGAGCAAUACGAAUAAGCCAAUUUCUACGACUAAUACAGAAAUUGUUGAUAGUAAUACUUUAAAUCGAUCAAUUGAAUUGAAUCGUAGCCCGCCAUCACAGAAUAGUUCUCCAUGUUCAUCGCCUAAUAGUGUAGCGACUGUUCGUGCUGUGUUUACUCGUAAUAAAGCACAUCGAAGGGACUCUCCAUCAUCAGAUAGAAGCAAUUCGGGCUUUGAAUCAGAAAAUAAGGCUCUUAAAAACAAAAAUAGCUCCAAACGUUAUAAAAGCAAUAAAAAGUCUUCUAACAAGCCUGCGGUAAUGUGCUAUAACAAAGAAAAUAUUCCGGAAUCAUCAAAAAAUCUUUUUUCCUGCAAAAAAGAUAUUCCAAAAACAAGUAAUUGUGCUUUUGUUGGAAAAACAAAAAGUGUUUUUAUGGCGCAAGCAGCUACUGGCCAUUCAAAAUUACAGUUAACACCACCAGCAGUUAUGAAAAAUAAUUUAAAAAAACCAAACACGAUGUAUGAUCUUUCGAAUAAUAAACACGAUAAUUAUUUAUCUGAUGCGUUAAAUUCUAAAAAACUAUUAAAAAACAGUUAUGAUUUAGAUAAUAGCCAUUCUGAUUGCAAAGAAGAAUGUUCACCUAGUAUAAGUUCGAAUAAUAAUGUAUCGACCUUACAAUCAAUUGAAGAUGAACAAUCACUUUAUUCAGACACCGAUAAAAAUGAGAAUUCAGACACGUUAGACAGUCCUCCUAGUAACAAUGCUAAUAGAUCUUUGCAUAGUACAAGAAGCAGUAUUAUGUCUGCUAUAAGACAGUUAAUAGAGCAAAAAAUACAUAUUAAUGAAAGUAAUUCAAAUGACAGCAUCAUUUCCGCAUCUGAAACUAUAAUAUUAAACGGAGAAGAUAUUAAUAACAGUAGUUUUAAUAGCAGCUUAUCACCGUUGAGUAUUACAACAAUAAUUCCUAAUCAAAACAGCACACUAGAAUGCGACAUUCAAAAUACAUUAGAUAAAAUUUCGAGAACAGGUCUAAAUGACUCAAUUUUGAGUUCUCCAGAUGUUAAACCGUUAACUAACAAAACAGAAAUCGAUUCGAUUUCAUUAAAAUCAAGCGAUUUAUCAUCAAUAUCUACUUCUAAAUUUUCUGAAUAUUAUCUUGCUGAUAAUGAACUUGAAAAUGCUUUAAAUGUUAGUUCCGUACAAGAUAUAUUUGAACGAAAUGAUCGGAACGUUAUCACUAAUGUAGACGGACUUUUAGCUGCACAAGCGUUUAGUGGAUUUUCAAUGAAUAGUGGAUCAUUUGUAGGUGAUCGAAUAGAUCAUGUCAACUUAAUUGAUUCUGAAACUGGCAGUAUAGCAUUAUGUUCUGCAAGACAAGCUGUUUCAGAGGAAUUGUUUGUGUCUAGUCGAUCUUCUGAUACUUACGAAUCGUGUUUCUAUGAAGAUGAUAUAUAUGUUCCGAAUUGGCUCUUCAAUAUUAUCAGUCAACAGCCAUCUAUUGCAGAAUCAGAAGUUGAGGAGGAUUUUCUUCCUAUUCCAUUAGGAGAACCAGUAUUUGAUGUGAAUGGCAAUGCGUUGGAACCAGGAGUUGGUUUUGGCGCUGGCGCUGGUGAUGGCAGAGGCAUGCACAGCGAUCAGUCCCAAGACAGUUCUGGCAGAGGAACCUCGCUUAGUUCGAGUGCAACAUCGUCUGGACAAAACGAGCCCAUACUAAUAGAUUUAUCAACGAUUACUCCUCACUACACGCAGUAUGUUCACGAACCAAUGAACGUGAACGAAGUCAGUACUGAUAAUGAUGAAAUUAAUGAAACCCAUAGAAGCGUUGAAGGGGAUACUAUGAAUGACGUAUUCGAAAGAGUAAGGAAUACGAAUGCAGUACAAAUUACGAGUGAUGUUGACGCCGAUGUCAGUUCAUUGGAUACGGAUGCAGUCGAUUCUGAUGAUUGAGAACCCUA